AUGGUCACUUUUGAACCCCAUAAUUUAGUAUCCGUACCAUCUGCGUGCCAGCACUACGAUGCGCCUAUUUUUAUUCCUAGUCCAGCACUAGCGAAAUUUAUCACGGUCCCAGCGCCUAUUUUUAUUCCUAGUCCAGCACUAGCGAAAUUUAUCACGGUCCCAGCGCCUAUUUUUAUUCCUAGUCCAGCACUAGCGAAAUUUAUCACGGUCCCAGCGCCUAUUUUUAUUCCUAGUCCAGCACUAGCGAAAUUUAUCACGGUCCCAGCGCCUAUUUUUAUUCCUAGUCCAGCACUAGCGAAAUUUAUCACGGUCCCAGCGCCUAUUUUUAUUCCUAGUCCAGCACUAGCGAAAUUUAUCACGGUCCCAGCGCCUAUUUUUAUUCCUAGUCCAGCACUAGCGAAAUUUAUCACGGCCCCAGCGCCUAUUUUUAUUACUAGUCUAGCACUAGCGAAUUACGAGGUGUGA